AUGCCAUGUGGGGGUAUAUCCGUACUCGUGCUGCUGCUUCUCCUCCUCAGCUUCAAUACUGCGCGCGUCGAUGGCGACGGUCGCGCUCCGAUCGGUAGCAGCAUUCGCGGCAAAGCUUCCAUCAGCGACGCGAUAGCUGCUUCUUUCGAGGCGCGAAAGACGCGGGCGUCGACCAAGGCGCUGAAGCCGGGGGCAGUGCGCCUCGUUCUCUUAAGAAACAACUCCUUCGGCGCCAAAUGCCUCGACGGCAGUCCCCCGGGGUACUACAUCCGGCGGGGCAGGGGGGCGGGGGGGGCGAACUGGCACGUGCACCUGCCGGUGGGCGGGUGGUGCGGCGACGAGCGCAGCUGCACGAGGCGAUCUCUCAACCCCCUCGGCUCCACCACUCAUUGGGCCGCCAGGGCCCCUGCUGCUGGUUAUGGUAGGAAGAAGGCGUACCCCGCAUUCAGCGGGCUGCUGUCCAGCAACGCAGCCGUCAACCCCGCCUUCCACACGUGGAACCUGGUGCGCCUCGUGUACUGCGAUGGGGGCGGGUACACGGGCACCCGGGGGCGCAUAGACGUUGGGGGAAACAAGAGCCUGUACCUGGACGGGUGGAACAUCAUGCAGGCGGUGCUGCAAGACCUGAGGGAGAAGAGGGGCAUGGCAGCAGCGUCGCGAAUCCUGCUCUCGGGCAGUUCAGCAGGCGGGCAGGCAGUGGUGAUGCUGUGUGACCGCGUGGCGGCUGCCUUCCCUGCCGCCUACACCAAGUGCUUCUCAGAUGCAGCCUUCCUUGCUGAUGCCAAGGACCGGUUCGGGCAGUACCGGUGGCGGGACAACGUGCAGCAACUGGCGUCCUUCCACCAGAUCAACAUCCCCCCCUGCCCUAGAGACUCCUGGAUGUGUUUCUUCCCACAGUACGCCCUGCCCACUGUAACCACCCCCAUCUUCAUCUACCAAGCUCUUUUUGACCUCGUUCUGAUACCAUACGGCAACCAGCUUGGUCAAAACAGCGCAUACAACACCAAGUGCCUUAGAGGCGAGCUGUUUCAGCAGCGGCCAAAUGUGAGCCAGAUAGUGGAGAGAAAAUUGUGGGACCAGCACGUGCAAUGUGAGAGGGAUGCGCCUCAAGCCGAUAUUCACUAA